UGGGUAGAGGACACAGAAACUGUUUAUUAUGGAAGAGAUGGAUAUGAUAUUUGGUAGAAAUAAAGAAGAACAUCCAGAGCCCAUAAAAGCUGAGGUGCAAGGUCAGUUGCCCACUUGGCUGCAAGGGAUACUUCUCCGAAACGGCCCAGGGAUGCACACAAUAGGGGACACUAAGUAUAACCACUGGUUUGAUGGCUUGGCUCUGCUGCACAGCUUUACAUUUAAAAAUGGUGAAGUUUACUACAGAAGUAAGUAUCUCCGAAGUGACACAUACAACUGCAAUGUAGAAGCAAACCGAAUCGUGGUGUCUGAGUUUGGAACUAUGGCUUAUCCAGAUCCAUGCAAAAACAUAUUUGCCAAGGCAUUCUCAUAUUUGUCUCACACCAUUCCUGAGUUCACAGACAACUGCCUGAUCAACAUCAUGAAAACUGGGGAUGACUUUUAUGCUACCAGUGAGACUAACUUCAUCAGGAAAAUUAAUCCACAGACGCUGGAGACAUUAGAGAAGGUUGACUACAGCAAAUACGUAGCUGUAAAUGUGGCAACUUCUCACCCGCACUAUGACAGUGCUGGAAAUGUUCUCAACAUGGGUACUUCAAUAGUUGAUAAAGGGAAGACAAAAUACAUUCUAUUUAAGAUUCCUCCCUCUGUGCCAGAAAAAGAAAAGAAGAAAUCUUGUUUUAAACAUCUGGAAGUGGUAUGCUCCAUCCCUUCUCGCUCUCUGCUCCACCCAAGCUACUACCAUAGCUUUGGAAUCACAGAAAAUUACAUUGUCUUCAUAGAGCAGCCAUUCAAACUGGAUAUUGUCAAAAUGGCAACUGCUUACAUCCGAGGUGUGAACUGGGCUUCCUGCCUUGCCUAUCAUAAGGAAGAGAAGACUUGGUUUCACUUUGUAGACAAGGAGACGAAAAAAGAAGUAUCCACCAAGUUUUAUACCGAUGCUAUGGUGCUUUUUCACCAUAUAAAUGCCUAUGAAGAGGAUGGCCACAUUGUUUUUGAUAUUAUUGCCUAUACAGAUGAUAGCUUAUAUGGUAUGUUCUACUUAAAAAACCUGAAUAAAGACUUUGAAGAGAACAGCAAGCUUACCUCCAUACCAACCUGCAAACGAUUUGUUGUUCCUCUGCAGUAUGACAAGGAUGCCGAAGUAGGUUCUAAUUUAGUGACACUUCCAUCUACCGCAACUGCUGUGAGAGAGAAAGAUGGCAGCAUCUAUUGCCAACCUGAAAUACUGUGUGAAGGGAUAGAACUGCCUCGCAUCAACUACAACUAUAAUGGCAAACAAUACAAGUACAUAUUUGCAACAGAAGUCCAGCGGAGUCCAGUUCCUACAAAGGUUGUAAAAUUUAAUAUCCAGACAAAGGAAAUGCUCCACUGGGCAGAAGACCACUGCUGGCCAUCUGAGCCCAUUUUCGUUCCCAGUCCUGAUGCAAGAGAAGAGGAUGAUGGCAUUGUUCUGACCUGUGUUGUGAUGUCUGAUCCAAAGCAAGCACCCUUCCUUCUUGUCUUGGAUGCUAAAACAUUCAAAGAAUUGGGCCGAGCCACGGUAGAUGUAAAAAUGCAUCUGGAUCUGCAUGGAAUCUUUAUACCGGAGAAAGAUUUGAAGACUGAGAUUGAGUAAAAUGCUAUUUAUCCUAUUACAUAGACUGAGACAACCUUCUGCUGAAUGUGGGAUAACUGAAUUCAGGAACAGCCUUAUCUUGUGACAAGAAAUGACUAAAUAUAAUCUCUUCAAAUAACUGUAUGUAAUCUCUCAUAAGAGAUAGCAAUAACUUUUAUUACAAAUAAUUAUAUGCACGACUGGUACAUAACUAUUCCAAAAGAAGAAUGAUCAGUAUUAAGUGCUGAUGUUGUAUACAACUCGUGGGGCAGGGAAUAGGAGACAAAGAUAACAAGAAAUGUUUUAUUUGAGUAGAAUAUAGCUUUCUGCCCAAAUGAAAUACUGUAUUUAUAGGGUGAUGCAUGGGAUAAGUCACAUAUAUCUGCUGGUCAUGUAACUUUCAUGGACUGUUUCAAGACUGCAUCUCACAAUGAAAGUUGUCUCCCAACAGAAAACUUCACGUUAAACUAUCUGCUAUGAUACUAAUAAGUCAUAGCAAUGCAUUCUCUUGGUGCAUAAUUUCUUCAACUCCACCAUAACCAAAGUAUUACAUUGAGGUGCUACAACUUUCUAAUUUAGAACCUAGAAAAACCUGCUUUGCUAAUAAUUUCAUAGUGUAUUUUUCCCUUUUAUGUUGACAAAAACAAGUAACUUGACAUAGAAUAUAUGGUUUGGUGUAGCAUUCAGUUAUACUUUAGUGCUAUUCAAUCUUAAGCAUUUUGUAUUUAAAUCAGUUUUCUUUGAGAAUAUCUGACGUGGUACUUCAUGUAAUUAGAUGAUUACAUUGUGUAAAAGAUAAACAGAAAUGUAGUAUUUAUUAAUAUUGCUAAUAGUCUCUGUUAAUAACAGCAUGUAUAUGAACGAGAGUAGUAUAUUUCUAGCAGAACUCAGAUACACAUGCAGCAAAUUUUUUUUGUUUAGGAGAAAGAGUGAAAGACCUAAUUUAGACCUCAUCUGAACUACACAGUAGCUAAAACUACAAACUAUUGUUGUAUAGCUAAGCAUUUGCUUUAUUGUCUGCUUAGGAACAUCCAUGUUCUGACAUGGGUUUAUUGAUGCUGUAACAGAUGCUUCCUAAUAAAAGUACACAACUCUCAUUCAUAGUCACAAAAAGCACAUUUCAACAGAGAGUUCAAAUGCCAUGACUGGUUUCUGUUAUGGGAAUGGCAUUUCCUAAUCCCUGAGUGUACUUCUGUUUUCUGAUUUGGGACAUUGAUUUUUCUUCAAAUGAGAGCUUUUUUUCUUUGAACUGUAUUUUCUUAUUGUAGGUACCUUUACUGUUGAGGCAUCUUUACCGAUGGAGAAAAAACUAGGUACACAACCAUCCAUUUUAGGUGUUCAUCUGGUCUGUACCUGUCACCACACUACUCAGGUAUCUCUCACUUUUAUAUACACGCUCUCACAGUGUCUCUGCUGCUCACUGUGUUUUACAGGUAGGAAACGGAGUGAAAUCAUUGUCAUUUGCUAUCUCCCCAUCACAUGAGAAACUGGGCUUUGGUGACUUGUUCGUGAUUACUUAAGAUGUUUACAGCAGAGCAGGAAUUGAACCAGUAUCAUCCACAGUUCUUGUUUGCUCUGUAACAUCUAUACCUCCCUUUCUCUGCUUAUGCCUUUGCAGUUUGUAAGUAUAAAGAAUAUACAGGCUAUUUUUAAUGUAAAAAGUCACUGUGGUCAGAUCUAGAGUUAAAAUAUGCAGGUUUGGGCAUUCAAAUGUUUAUAUAUUCCAAAAAAUGGAAAUAAACACUUCAGUAAGGUGUGUUUGCAGUAAUAGUAAUCUUCAGUGUUUUCAAGGCAUAUUACCACUACUACUUAAGAGAAUUUUAUCUUCUAAAGAAAAAAUUGAAUUCCAUUUUUUAAGUAAUACGGAACCGGUACUAGAAUGGAAGACUGACUUCUGAUGUUGGCAAAAGACACCAGCUGUGGGGUUGUUUCUUUUAAUCCGAAAAAGUUUGGAUUUAACAAGUCUCCACAAAUAUUUCUGGAAUUGCAAGGUGGUAAUGAAUCAAAAGUCUAACCAUUAUUAUAGAUUUCCUUUUAAGAGUUUGUCUCCAGAAUUUCUUCUGUAGAACUCAUAGCGUUAUGUUUUUGGAUGAUCAUGAGUUUGGAUACAGGAAUUGCUUGACUUCUGAGGAGCUAACUCUUACUGGCAGAGAUGACAUGACAGGGAAAUAGUCAUCAUAAAAACAAUUUGCAGUCAAGAAAGCAAAUAUGUUGUUUAUGUUCAUGUAGAAAUACUGCAGAAAAUAAAUUGUAAGAACUUGUCUUGGGUAUGAUUUUUUAAACAAAGUGUGCUGUAUU